ACGGCAGGCCUCAAUUACUCAAUCAAAACCUCGCGUGCUCGCAUCUGGCGCGUGGAGAAUGUAUUGCCAUCGUGUCACCGUGCUGGUGGCGUGUGCAGCCUCUAAGGAUACUUAACCGGCGGGAUUACAUCGUGGGUCGGUACUGAUAACGACUUCCGGCAACGCUGUUUCGCAUUCUAGCACGCGAGCUCUUCGAGCCAGAGAGAACGUUACCUCAGCAUGGCACCUUCCAGAGAACAUCGUUCCGUCAUUGUUGUGGGCGGUGGUGGUACCAUAGGCUCGUCAACAGCCCUUCAUCUAGUACGCUCAGGGUACACACCGUCAAACAUCACAGUGCUGGAUACGUACCCAAUUCCAUCGUCCCAAUCAGCUGGAAAUGACCUGAACAAGAUCAUGGGCAUCCGUUUGCGAAACAAGGUGGACUUGCAGUUGAGUCUGGAGGCGAGGCAGAUGUGGAAGGAAGAUGAUCUAUUCAAAGAGUAUUUCCACAACACUGGACGGCUUGACUGCGCGCACAGUGAAAAGGGUCUCGCGGAUCUGAAGCAAGCUUACCAAGCUCUUCUCGACGCAGAUGCAGGUCUAGAAACGACAACAGAAUGGCUAGACUCAGAGGAGGAGAUCUUGAAUAAGAUGCCACUUCUAGACCGCGAACAGAUCAAAGGUUGGAAAGCUGUCUACAGCGAAGACGGCGGCUGGCUCGCUGCAGCUAAAGCCAUCGAUGCCAUUGGUGGAUACCUGCGGGAUCAAGGUGUCAAAUUCGGCUUCGGUGGAGCAGGAUCAUUCAAACAGCCUCUUCUGGCGGAAGGGGUGUGUAUUGGUGUUGAAACAGUUGACGGGACGCGGUAUUACGCCGACAAGGUGGUUUUGGCAGCCGGUGCAUGGAGCUCCGUGCUAGUCGAUCUGCAAGAACAGUGUGUCUCGAAGGCAUGGGUAUAUGCCCACAUUCAACUCUCUCCCAGCGAAGCUGCAGAAUACAAGAACGUUCCUGUAGUUUACAACGGUGACGUGGGCUUCUUUUUCGAGCCUGACGAACAUGGCGUCAUCAAAGUCUGCGACGAAUUCCCAGGUUUCACACGCUUCAAGCAGCAUCAGCCUUUUGGUGCAUCGACACCACAGCGCAUCUCGGUACCUAGAUCUGCAGCGAAGCAUCCCACAGAUACCUAUCCGGAUGCCUCCGAGGUCAGCAUCCGUAAAGCUAUUGCGACCUUCCUGCCAAAGUUCACAGAGAAAGAGUUAUUCAACAGACAUCUGUGUUGGUGUACAGACACAGCAGAUGCGGCACUCUUGAUGUGCGAGCAUCCUGAGUGGAAGAACUUUGUACUUGCUACCGGAGAUAGCGGCCAUACCUUCAAGCUUCUUCCAAACAUAGGUAAGCAUGUGAUCGAGCUACUCGAAGGUACACUGGCAGACGACCUCGCGCAUGCAUGGAGAUGGCGUCCCGGUACUGGUGAUGCGCUGAAGUCGAGAAGGGCGGCGCGUGCGAAGGAUCUCGCGGACAUGCCAGGAUGGAACCAUGAUGGUGAGGCGCCUAGGGCGAAAUUGUAAUGUUGAUGCAAACGAAGAUGGAAGACCGGGCAGUCUGAUUUGGAAGGUGGUAUGAAUCUAGUGCGCAUCCUCCUACAUAUCUCCACAUCGUGCCUUAUCUCCGGAAGUCUUGACUCAGACAAGGCGGCGGAGUCAUCCUCAACACUCGCCUUAUCUUCACCAGCUCUUGCCUAAUAGUACUGGAACUAAAUAAAGACCCUCAGAAUUCACCU